AUGGACGUAACCUACCGACAAGUGGUGCUGCUAUUGGCGCUAUGGGGCGUCUUGAUGGCAGAUGUCGCGCUUGUUGUUUCCGCCCAGACGUCGUACAGCUUGGCGACAGCUUCGUCUUCGGCGACAGACACUUCGAACACGACUGUAGUGGACGUGGUUCCUCCCAUCUCGACUCCAUACGCAUCAAGUACCGACUUGGCCGUGCCUCCAGUUGGGACCGUCCAACCUGCAGCUUAUUUUACGACAGACACCACGAAUGCGGACACUGCCUACAUUUGCAAUGGCGACGAAGUGGCGCGCCUAGCGAAGCUCAGUGAGAACAACCCGUACCUGCACUCCCGCUGUACCAGCUUGGCUGGUAUCAGUUCGUACGUCUUUCCAUUCAAUGGAGAGCUCGGGUACACGCAAAUGGUGGCGAUGGGUCUCAUUCAGGAGUGCCAGUACUACUUCCGAGCAGUACUUCUGGUCCAGCUUCAGGAGUGCGUGGUCGCGAACGUCUACGUCCGGACAACUGCAGAAACCAUUCUCCAACUCGCUGCGACUUCCGGGAAUGCACCGACCGAAGCACAGGUGGACGCGGCGAAAGGCGUUCGGAAGACUUACAACCUGGCGCUUCGAGAUGGACAAGGCUCGGCUUCUUACUCUGCUACAGAAGGAGCGUCAGCUCUGAGCUGGACUAUUGAAGGCGACACAAUCGACACGAUCGCGUCGGUCAAAACUGACGGGCAGUUGCUCAUGAGUACCGACUUGCACGUCGUCGGCACGUAUUACCCGUCGUCCAGUACUUCUUCCAGCAGGCAAGAAGACCCAAUGGAGACCCCCUCUCCGUCUGCUCUUCCCAAUGAAAAAGAUGAUGCAUGGACAUCUGGCCUCCGUGUAAGCACCUCUGGUUCGGGCAGGAGUGGGGUAUCGUCGUGGCUUGUAGUGGUAUCAGUUGCAUGCACUUGGAGGUUGCACAGUAGCCUCAAGUAG